CAAGCUCGUCUCAUUGUGACGGAACACGUCUUUUAUUUUUAUUUUUUACUAUUAGAUGAACAAAUGUAUCAGGAGUCAAAGUCAUGUGUUGACAAACGUGAAAAUGAGAGUAUUGCGUCUAGAAAAAAUAGAGAAGAUAUAGUUUUACAUAGUUUAGCAGAUUUAGUCAGCUUAACCAUUUCAGUCAGAAUUUCACCAAUUUCGGCAGAUCCGUCUUAUUCAAUCUAUUUUUUUGUGAUACCAAAAACUCCGCACAAUCAAUCAAUUUUCAAAUGACAUAAUUAAUAAAAUUAAUAGAAUUGAGAUACAUUUCAGUUACACUAAAUUAAAAGGGAAAAACAUCGAAACUUAACAUAUUAAAUCCUACGGUGAAAGUACUGCAAUGUCUCAUUUGUCAACUUAAAAUUUCAAAUUAGUUAAAGAUUGCUAAUAAAAAGAAUUGAAGAAUACAAAAGGGUGAUCCGCGCGCCUCCCAAACUGUUUUGCGCACCAUCUUUUGUCAAAUAUGGACAAUAUUGUCCUUACUCAAAGCUCACGGAACCUUUAACAACUAGGCGCACCACCAAGCAUCUCUCAAUCUCUCUUCAUGGAUUUUUAAUUUUAGUGUUAUUGUUUCCAAAAAAUUGUAAAGAAUUCUCGUAGGAUCACAUGUGGCCUAACAAUUUGACAUUUACUCUCCUCCAAUAACUUGCUACCACAUGGCCAAAUUUUCUUUUUCUAUAAAAUGUUAUAACUUUUUCAAUUUUGCUCCCAUCUUUAUAAAAUUUAUACUCCGUAUCAAAUUAAAUAAUUUUUUAUGAACUUUCAUAUGACAUCAAUAUCAUAUAUGUAAAAAAAAAAAAAAACAUGUGGUCAAACUAAUAAGUACACUUCAAAUUGCAAUUGUCUUUUUAAAAAAUAACGGCCCCUAUAUAUAAUUUAGAAUGUUAGUUUAAUAUAUUUUAUUAAACACAAUCAAUAUAUGUUUUUUUCUUUUAUUUGGUAAUGUCCUUCUCGCGUGUGAAAAAAUCGGGAAGUAUCGAGCUGCAUAAAUUGUCAAUGCAUUACAAGAUAAAAGAAAUAAAGCUACAAGAACAAAAAAAAGGUGAUUCUGCAUUACGACCAUGUAUGUUACAUGACUAGAUUUAAGACCCGAUUGAUAUUUAGAUUCUUUUUAAUUGAACUGAUUUUGAUCCAGAUCAGACUAGACUAGUUUUAAAAAAUAUUAUGUAGUAUAUAUACAUUAAUUGACAACUCAAUAGACUUGACCAAAUGUUUUUUUUACAUAUAUGUUAUUGGUGCCAUAUGAAAGAUCAUAAAAAAAUAUUUAAUUUUAUAAAAUAGGAGCAAAAUUGGAAAAGUUAUAAUAUUUUAUAAAACAGAAAAAUUAGCCACAUGGCAACAAGUUAUUGGUGGAGAGUAACUGCCAAAUUAUUAGGCGGUGCACUUGUAAGUAGUAAUCCUACGGGAAUUCCUUUACAAAUUUUUAGAAAACAAUAACAUUAAAAUUAAAAAUUAUUGAAGGGAGAUGCUUGAUUGUGCGCCUAAUGCAUUAGAGUUCCGUGAGCUUUGAUCAAGGACAAUCUUGUCCACAUUUGACAAAAGAUGGUGCGCACAGCAGUUUUGGAGGCGCGCGGAGCAGACCCGAUACAAAAUUAGAAUUCAAAUAAAUUCUGUAUGUUCGAACUUUCAGGAGUCGGGCAAAGUAUAAACCCUCUUGGCUCGUCCGUCUCUUUCCUUUCGAAAAUACCUCCAUCGCCGCGUCAGGUUUGUCUUUCCCUUUUCUCCAUCGCCGUUGACAACAUUCCUUAUUGUUGUGUUGAUCUUUACUUUUCUUAAACCUAUUCAUGAUUUUUUAAAUGCGUAGUCUCUAUCAUUGGAGAAAUAGAGGUAUUUAUUUCCUCAAUUCUCUCCCAUAAUCAAAUUGUUACCUUCUGAGUGUGUUGCAGUUAUUAGUUGGUGAAAAAAGAUGAGCAGAAGAGAAGAGAUCCAAUUCACCAAACAGCCUUACAUCGAGGAUGUGGGUCCCCGCAAAAUAAAAAGUUUUAAGUUUUCAACUUUCUCCGGUUCUGAAAUCAUGAAUUCAGCAGUGGUUGAAGUCUAUCGCGGUGCUUACUAUGAUCAAUUCCAGAAACCUCUUCCCAAUGGCCUAUUGGAUCCACACAUGGGGCCUACAAACAAAGGAAAGGCUUGUGAGACAUGCAGCGGAAGUUUGAAAGACUGUCCUGGUCACUAUGGAUACUUGAAACUUGCGUUACCAGUUUACAAUGUUGGAUAUCUGCCAAACAUUUUGGUCAUUUUGAAGUGUAUUUGCAAGUCAAAAGCGCUCGCCCCAGUGCUUAAGCGCACCAGGCGCAGCGAGCAGGGCCUCCAGCGCUUGGGAGAAGGGGAGGUGCACGUUCCUGGGUCAGGCGCAGCAUAAGUGUAGGAUGCGCAUGAAGCACAGGGGGCGCACGCUUGGGUCGCCUGAUCCGGAAAAGGCUGACCAGCCUUUUUUUUUUUAGUUUAAAACUUUCAAAUAUAAUUAGCCUAUAUCUUUAAUAACACUUAGCCCAUCUAAUAGUCGGGUAAAACAAUUGAAACCUACGUAAAACCUCAAGUUAAAAACGUAAACCUUGCGUAAAAGUGUAAAACACUAAGCUAUCAUCGCGCUUCAGUCUUCUUACUCUCUUCUUG